AACUGUGUUCAGCACCCUUGAUUAUUAUAUUUUGUGAGGCAAGUAGCCCAUUACUUAAUGCUAUGCCAUGUGAUUGAAAUUCUGACGGAAAACACAGUACUUGAAGCAGUUAUUGUAGGCGGGUUGUGGAAAACUGACGUCAGUGUAGUUGGUCGGUUACGGCGGAGGAGGGACCUCAGACCGAACCAUUCCCACGUGUGACGGAGCGCUGCAUUCCCGGCUCGCUGACACAGCUCCGUUCCAUCUGCCGAUCUACCGUCUGUGUGUAUCCGUUAGUCACUGCCUGUAGCUGGGUCAGAAAUGGAAGGAGACGGGAGCCAAACCACGUCUGGAAGCCCGAACGAUUCGCAACACGACCAGGGGAAAAUGUUUAUCGGUGGCCUCAGCUGGCAAACUUCACCAGACAGCCUUAGAGAUUAUUUUAGUAAAUUCGGGGAAAUCCGAGAAUGUAUGGUGAUGAGAGACCCAACGACUAAACGUUCCAGGGGCUUUGGCUUCAUCACUUUUGCAGAUGCUGCCAGCGUUGAUAAAGUUUUAGCACACCCGCACCAUGAGUUAGACUCUAAAAUGUGCGAGAUCGUCUGUUUCCUUGUGUACAGCUUUUGAGCGUUUUCCCUGUAUUCCUGUUUGCCUGAUUGUUUUUGGAUUCCCUGGAUUUUUGGACUUUGCCUGUCUCUUGGAUUUUUCCCUUUUGCCUGUCGUUUGUUGGACACUGUUGCUGAGUUUAUUUAAUUGUUAAAUAAACUAUUGUAUUUUACCUUUUU